GAACGUGGUGUUAACGGUGUUAACCGUGUUAACGUUGGAAGAGGUUUGAGUGUUAGGUGUAGUAGCUUGUGCAAGUAAACGAAAGCAAGAGAAUUCCCGUUUAAGAUGAAGCCGCUUAUACUGCAUGGACAUGAGCGUUCUAUUACGCAGAUAAAAUACAAUAGAGAAGGAGAUCUUUUGUUUUCAUCAUCAAAGGAUCAGUAUCCAAAUGUAUGGUACUCAUUAAAUGGAGAACGCCUUGGAACCUUCGAUGGUCAUCAGGGUGCCGUGUGGGCCAUUGAUGUCAACUGGGAUACAACUCGAUUUAUGUCGGGAGCAGCUGAUCAGUCUUUGCGUAUCUGGGAUUGUGCAACAGGAUUUCAGAUUGGGAAGAUUGAGAACAGUUCGUCUGUUCGAUCAUGUAACUUCAGCUAUAGUGCUAACAUGGCUGCAUAUUCGACAGACACACAUUUGGGUAAACAUUGUGAGAUUUUGAUCAUUGAUGUGAGGAAUGCAGAUGAUUCUAUAGAAAAGGUACAGCCAAUUCUUCGUAUUCCCAUCACUGGGCCAAAAGUAACCUCAAUGUUAUGGGGAACAUUGGACAAGACCAUUAUCACAGGCCAUGAGAAUGGAGAGCUAACUCAGUGGGACUUACGUAUUGGGAAGACCGAACGUAGCAAUAUCGACCACGUUGGGUCUAUAAAUGACAUGCAGAUGAGUAAAGAUGGUACAAUGUUUAUCACUGCAUCAAAAGACAAAACAGCAAAACUGUUUGAUAUGGAUUCGCUAGAGUGUCUGAAAACCUACCAGACGGAGCGACCUGUGAAUAGUGCUGCAAUCUCACCUCUCUUUGAUCAUGUUGUGCUUGGUGGUGGUCAAGAUGCAAUGGAUGUCACCACAACGUCAACACGCAUUGGAAAGUUUGACUCCCGGUUUUUCCAUUUAGUAUUUGAGGAAGAAUUUGGCCGUGUAAAAGGCCACUUUGGACCUAUUAAUAGUGUUGCAUUCCAUCCAGAUGGGAAGAGCUAUAGUAGUGGAGGUGAAGACGGUUACGUCCGUAUACAUAAUUUUGAUCCAGCUUACUUUGAAUUUAAUUUUGAUUGUCAGUGAAGUGGUGAUUAAAUAAAUAUAAAUAACUGUAUUAGAAUUAUUUUUGUUAUAUUGUACUGUGUGUCAUGUUGGAGUUCAUGAUUAUGUUUAUACUAUGGUUAUGUGAAAAUAAAAACAUUAAAAAGCAGAUUCAA